AUGGAGGAGUGGAGGCAGUGUGGUCGCUGGCUGAUCGACUGUAAAGUUUUGCCCCUGAACCACAGGGUGGUCUGGCCCUCAGCUGUUGUGUUUGACCUGGCUCAGGCUCUGAGAGAUGGAGUCUUGCUCUGCCAGCUGCUUCAUAACCUGUCACCUGGAUCUAUUGAUCUCAAGGACAUCAAUUUCAGGCCACAGAUGUCACAGUUUCUCUGUUUGAAGAACAUUCGAACAUUCUUAAAAGUCUGUCAUGACAAAUUUGGGUUAAGGAACAGCGAGCUGUUUGACCCCUUUGACCUCUUCGACGUGCGGGAUUUUGGAAAGGUGAUAUCAGCUGUGUCCAGACUUUCCCACCACAGUAUCGUUCAAACCAAAGGAAUUAGACCCUUCCCUUCAGAGGAGACCACAGAGAACGAUGAUGAUGUCUAUCGGAGCUUGGAGGAACUGGCUGAUGAACAUGAUCUGGGGGAGGAUAUUUACGACUGCGUCCCCUGUGAAGAUGAAGGCGAUGAUAUCUACGAAGAUAUCAUCAAAGUGGAAGUUCAACAACCUAUGAUUAGAUAUAUGCAGAAAAUGGGAAUGACAGAAGAUGACAAAAGAAAUUGCUGUUUGCUAGAAAUUCAGGAAACCGAGGCCAAAUAUUACAAAACACUUGAAGACAUAGAAAAGAACUAUAUGAAUCCAUUAAAGCUGGUACUGACUCCACAAGAGAUGGAAUCUAUUUUUAUCAAUUUGGAGGACCUCAUUAAAGUGCACUUCAAUUUCCUGAGGGCCAUCGAUGUCUGUAUGAUGUCUGGAGGAAGCAGCUUGGCGAAAGUUUUUCUAGAAUUCAAAGAAAGGCUAUUGAUUUAUGGCGAGUACUGCAGCCAUAUGGAAUGCGCCCAAAAUACGCUGAACGCUCUCAUUGCAAGCAAAGAGGACGUGAGGCAAAAAGUUGAGGAAUGCACAUUAAAGGUUCAGGAUGGGAAGUUUAAAUUGCAAGAUCUGUUGGUGGUACCAAUGCAAAGGGUCUUGAAGUAUCAUCUCCUAUUAAAAGAGCUUCUCAGCCAUUCGUCUGAUCGGCCAGAAAAGCAACAACUCAAGGAAGCUUUGGAAGCCAUGCAGGACUUGGCCAUGUACAUAAAUGAAGUCAAGAGAGACAAAGAGACCUUAAAGAAAAUACGUGAAUUUCAGAAAUCUAUAGAAAACUUGCAAGGGAAACUGGAAGAAUUCGGGAGGCCAAAGAUAGACGGUGAACUGAAAGUCCGUUCCAUAGUGAACCACACCAAGCAGGACAGGUAUUUAUUUUUGUUCGAUAAAGUGGUGAUCGUCUGUAAAAGGAAAGGAUACAAUUAUGAGUUGAAAGAAAUUAUCGAGCUGCUUUUCCAUAAGAUGACCGAUGAUCCCAUGAACAACAAGGACAUUAAGAAGUCUCAUGGAAAAAUGUGGUCGUAUGGGUUCUACCUGAUUCACCUUCAAGGAAAGCAGGGCUUCCAGUUUUUCUGCAAGACGGAAGACAUGAAGAGAAAGUGGAUGGAGCAGUUUGAAAUGGCAAUGUCCAACAUUAAGCCAGAAAAAGCCAACGCGAAUCACCACAACUUCCAGAUGUACACGUUUGAAAAGACGACCAACUGCAAAGCGUGCAAGAUGUUUUUAAGAGGAACUUUCUAUCAGGGCUAUCUUUGCAUGAAAUGUGGAGCAGGUGCUCACAAAGAAUGCUUGGAAAUUAUUCCUCCCUGCAAGAUCAGCUCUCCAGCGGACCAGGACUCAUUAAAUACAGGACCUGGUCCUAAAAUGGUGGCCGUUCAGAAUUACCAUGGCAACCCAGCUCACCCAGGAAAGCCGGUGUUAACGUUUCAGACUGGGGACAUAAUAGAACUGCUAAGAGGGGACCCGGAUUCGCAGUGGUGGGAAGGGAGGUUAAUACAGACAAAGAAGUCUGGUUAUUUUCCCAGUUCAUCGGUGAAGCCCUGUCCUGUGGACGCUAGGCCUCCCAGCAGCCGGCCUCCUUCGAGAGAAAUAGACUACACGGCGUACCCUUGGUUUGCAGGGAACAUGGAGAGGCAACAGACAGACAACCUGCUGAAGUCGCACGUCAGCGGGACGUACCUGAUUCGAGAGAGACCAGCAGAGGCCGAGCGCUUUGCCAUCAGUAUUAAGUUUAACGAGGAAGUCAAGCACAUUAAGGUGGUGGAGAAAGACAACUGGAUUCACAUCACAGAAGCCAAAAAAUUUGAAAGCCUUUUGGAAUUGGUCGAAUACUACCAGACCCACUCGCUGAAGGAGAGCUUUAAACAGCUGGAUACAACGUUAAAAUAUCCAUACAAAUCCCGAGAACGUUCUACCUCCAGAACCUUCACUCGCUCCCCAGCUUCCUGCGCUUCCUACAACUUUUCUUUUCUCAGUCCUCAGGGCCUCAACUUUUCUUCUCAGAAUUCCUCCACUCCUUUCUGGUCAGUGGUCACGCCUCCGGCCAUAGGGACGGCGGUGGCACGCUACAACUUCGCCGCACGGGACAUGCGAGAGCUGUCUUUGCGAGAGGGCGACGUGGUGAAAAUCUACAGCAGGAUAGGCGGGGACCAGGGAUGGUGGAAGGGAGAAACAAAUGGAAGGAUUGGUUGGUUUCCUUCAACCUACGUGGAGGAGGAGGGAGUGUAA